AUGGAUGUUAAGACCAUAUUGGAUAUUAUCACCUCCUCUGCGAGCAACCUCAACAACACGCCGCCGCAACACAACAGUUCGGGGCCCCGCGGGGGCGGCGCGGCGGCGGCGGCGGCGGAGCCGGCGCCGGCGCUGGGCGCCGGCCCGGCGGGCGCGCGGGAGCGGCGGCGGGUCCGCCCGUGGGCGAGCCGGCGCGGGCGCGGAGCGUGGAAAGCAGCACGGGUGCGCGGCGGCCGCGGCAGUCCGCCCGCCGGGGGCAGAGGCCUAGCAAGCCCUGCUGCUUCUGCUGGUGUUGUUGCUGUUCCUGCUCGUGGACCAAAUGGUGAGUGCCUCGUGCGACACAACGCGACUUGUGCAUGCCACACGCGCAUGCGACCGGCGCAGGCAACUGGCUUAUGCGACCAGCACUGCGCUCGCCACCGUCGCAAGCGACUGCAUCAGAAACCGUACGUAAACGCCACAGGUGGGAACUCUCAAGACCCCUUUGCAACGAUGUUUCUCAUCAAGUGCGGAGAAUGUGGAGAUGCAAGAUUUGUGAAAGUUUAUGGCACAAUCAAUGACAAAGCUGUAGCCUAG